AUGAAUAUUAAUAUGGAUUUACCACGUGAGGAAGACUAUAACGCUUAUGACCAACUUGGUUGCCGAUUUAUUGAAGCAAAAAUACGUGUAAACAUACCAAUUCAUUGCAAAGAUGAAAUUUACAAACGAGAAGAUACGUUAAUGGGUAGACUGAUAUAUAUGUGUACCUGUCCUGGAAAACCUUUAUCAGACAGAAUGAAUCAGUCAACUUGUGAUGUUAAAUUAGAAAAAGAAAUAGCAACAAAAGCAAUAAGAGAUGCUGAAAAAUCCAAAUUACCUAAAUGUUAUUAUAUGGAUUUCAUGACGAAAACGGUAAAUUCAGCACCAACCGGUAUAACCGAAUUUUUAAUGAAUAAUAUCACAAAACCAUCAACUGAAACAUUUUGGUGUUAUGAUCAAUUGGAAGUUGUCAAAAAUAACGGAGAGCUUAUAGCUCAUUGGAUCAGUGAUGAAGUAAAAAUUACAACUCAUUCAGAAAUUCGUGAUGUUUGCAUUAAAAUUGCAACAGAAGAUGGAACAUAUGUUUGCACAUCAUUUCAAUCUCGUGUCAUUUGUUGCUGCAAAAAUUAUGGCAAUACUCCAUGUAAUAAGAAGAAAGAAAUACAAAGUAUGUUUAUGCGUGAUUUAGUACCAAUCGAUUCAGUGUGGACAAAAACCGAAGAGACAUUUCGACAGGAGCAAAAUUUUUGCAUUCAGCCUGAUCGAAAUUUGGCCAAGUGUAAAUCACCGAUGGGUUGUUAUCAUAUUCGAUAUGCUAUGAUAAGUGAUCCACGUGCAAUAUCCAAUAAUCUUUCGGCUGGUUGCAUAUCAGAUAUUGAUCAAACAUUACUGGAAAAAUAUCCAUAUUUAGCAUUAUGCUCAAAUUAUCUUAAAAAUGGCUUUGCCAAAAAAUGCUUUUACACGGAUACACGUGAUGCAAUGACGUCUAUACCGUUGGUUGUAUGUUGCUGCAAUACAAAUCCAUACAAUGACUGUCCGUUACGUGCUCACGUUAAUGAUUUAGGAUUUGCUUAUAAAAUGAUCAAAGAAGAAAAUAAAUUUGAAAUUUCAUCUGAACAGAAGAAAAAAUUGAAAAAUAAAGCAGCGCAAACGGACCAAACAGAACCGUUGGAUUUAUCAAUAUCAAAAGUGAGAGAUGACGGACAUGGAUCACAAGGCUUAUCAAUGGGCGGAGAGGAUGAGGAAAGGAUUGGUUUGCAAGUGCUUCAAACAAGAACUCUGGAUUUAUCGGCUCCAAAACUGAAAAAGGAAGGGAAUAAAUCGCAAGGCUUAUCAGUGGAUGGAGUGAGUGAUGAAGGAAUUAAAUCGCGACAACAACUCGUUCCAAUCGAAACACUGAUGGAAGAGAUCGAACUAUCAAAGCAAAAAGAGAGGAGAAAGAAGCAACGUUGUGAUAUAUGUGGAAAGGAAGUAACAAAUAUGAAAACACAUAUGAUGACUCAUACUGGGGAGAAGCCGUACAGUUGUCCGAUAUGCUACAAAAAUUUCGCUUACUUGCAUAAUAUGAAAAAGCAUAUGAUUACCCAUACCGGUGAGAAGCCGUACAGUUGUCGGAUAUGCAAAAAGAAUUUCAAUCAUCCCAGUAAUAUGAAAACACAUAUGAUGAUUCAUACCGGUGAGAAGCCUCACAGUUGUCCAGUAUGCGGGAAAGGUUACGUACGAAAGAGCGAUUUGCACAUUCACACGGCAGUUCAUGGCAUGAAUAGUAGACCAGUCUACCACUGCACUAUUUGCAGUAAAGACUUUCAGAGUAAACUAGGCUUGAAAUUACACAUGAAGAAACAUUAA